AGAAAAUACAUUGUAGAAAUAGGUGGGGUUUAUGACUUUGUGGCUGUGGUAACUAAUGACGUCCAAUAGAUAUGGCAACCAACGAGGGGCCAGAACCUGAAUAUGUUGAUAUUUCUAAAAUAAACGUAGGUCAAGGCGAAGGUUACGAAAAGAAAUGCAUAUUCUGCAAGGUUGUCAACAAUGAGAUGGGCACGGAGAUUCUUCAUGUUGACGAGGAGGUCUCUUGCUUCAGGGACAUCAAGCCUGGAGCUCCCCAUCAUUACCUGGUUGUGCCCACGAGACAUGUUGGAAACUGUAAAUCACUCAGUAAAGAGCAUGUGUCAUUAGUAGAGAAGAUGGUGGAGAUAGGGAUGGAGAUCCUUCAGAAGAACAAUGUCUUAGACCUCAGCGAUGUUAGGUUUGGCUUCCACUGGCCCCCAUUCUGUUCUGUUUCUCACCUGCACCUCCAUGUGUUGGCACCUGCCAGUCAGAUGGGCUUCAUGUCCCGCCUCUUCUACAGACCCAACUCCUAUUGGUUUGUCACGGCGGACCAGUUGAUUCAGCAGCUGAACUCUUAAGGGAGAGACCAACUGAAUGGUGGGUUGCAGUCUGGGCUGGUCCAGUGAGAAACGGGGUUACCUUACUAGUAGUGAAGUGAGCAGGUCAGGACUGGUCUGGUCUUCCUCCGUGGUUCUCUGUGUGAGUGUACUGUACUCCCUAGCAGGUUACAGUGAGACUAGUAAUGAUGGUACAAAUCAACUCAACUGAGGUUUUUCAUUCUAGUAUCAAACAGACAAAU